CGUCUCGAGCUUUUUCAUCUUUUUCAUUUACACUUUAGAUAUUACCCCAAAUCGCUUCAGCUCCCGAGCUUUGCCGUUCGCCUGUGAGCGCCGGCCGAUAACCCAAAGCGGAAACGGUUUAUCGAAUUGCCAGAGGCGAUCGCAAGAUGGACGACCAGAGUCUGACCAAGCGGAUAAAGUCCUUGAACAAGGCGAUCGCUUCUGACCCUCCGUCCGUCGUUGUCGGGUUGCUCGAGGAGCUGAAGAGUGUCCCAGCGCCGACCGAGGAGCAGCUUCGUUCGACAAAGGCCGGCGUCUUGGUAGGCAGGCUGCGGCACAACCCGAACAAGGACAUUGCGCGACUGGCGAGCGAGAUCGUUUCGAAAUGGCGGAAAAGCGUGGACGCGGCCAAGGAGGCCAAGAAGCGCAAGCUGGAGCAGAGCAAGCUGGAGCAGAGCAAGCUGGAGCAGAGCAAGUCGCCAACCUCCAAGUCGCCAACCUCGAAGGACUCGCCGGCGCCGGCGCCGUCGCCCUCGUACAGCACGCCGUACGAGGGCGACCCCGAGAAGCGGCACUUCAAGACGGACAACGUGGACAUCUCGCGGACGGGCAACAAGGCGCGCGACGGUAGCAUCGGAGUGCUCUACAACGGCCUGGCGUACCGCAGGACCGAGUCGAUCGAGGAGGUGCUGCAGCACGCCAUGGCGAUCGAGGCGGCCGCCUUCGCCGUCUACAAGGACACGCCCGAGUACCGCAACAAGAUCCGCGGCCUCAUGACGAGCCUCAAGCGCAAGGACAACGCCGAGCUGGGCCGCCGCGUGCUCGACGGCGAGAUCCCCCCCGACAAGUUCGUCGUCAUGACGGACGAGGAGCUCGCCUCGGACGCCCAGCGCGAGCGCGACCGCGCCCUCGAGCGCGAGAACAUGCUCAAGGCCCAGGUCCCCAUGGCCCAAAAGUCCAUCAGCGUCGACCUCCAGUGCGGCAAGUGCGGGAAGAAGAAGGUGUCGUACAGCCAGGCCCAAACCCGCUCUGCUGAUGAACCCAUGACGACAUUUUGCGAGUGCACCGUCUGCGGGCACCGCUGGAAGUUUUCGUAAACCGAUUGCUUGCUGGGCCUGGCUCUUCUUCAUUCAUGCCUUCCCUUACACAUGUCUUUCUCGUUUACUUAUUUCUCUCCUCCAUUUUUCUCAGCUGCCCCGAUGAUUGAUUGGGGCCCGAUCCAUGGCUGGCUCCGGCUGAUCUUGGAGGUCAAAGGAGGGAGUGUUUCUAGUUU